AUGAUCAGACCACAAUUAGUCAGACACUACGCCUCUGCUCGCCGUGCCAAGCAUUGCACGGUCCAGUUGUUGAGGGACCAUGCCAACGUCGGCCAGAAGGGCGAAAUUGUCCAGGUGUUGGCCUCCGCCAUGAGAAACUACUUACACAGAGACAAUGGUGCCGCGUACGUGUUGGCUGGUGAAGCGCCCCGCAUUCCAGUUGUUGAAGCGAAGAAGCAGUUGCUGUCCAGAGAGAGAGCUGCGGCCGAGGCCAAGAAGGUGGUGGUUGUCAAGGCGCCAGAAGCCAAGGGUCCUCAGACCCCUAAGCCAGCCUUAUCGUUGGAAGCCUUGAGCCAGUUAAUCGCCGGCCGUAAGAAUACCAACACUGCGAAGCUUGCGGCGAACAUUACAUCCACCACCCCGGAGCUCAUCUCAUACGAGUCGUUAGAGUCUAUCCCAGCCAACUUCCUUUUCAGAGCCACCACCGACAGCUCCGGUGCCUUGGAGACCGUUGUAGACAAGACCGCCAUCUCCAAGCGUAUUUUCGGAAUGACUGAGGUCGAUGUGCCUGCUGGGCUCAUGACCUUGAGCUAUGUCUCGCCUGCCGGCAGGUCCUACGCAGUCGAGGCUGUCGACUUCAUCGGGACCUACAAGGUGACCAUUUCCGUCCCAGGUGAAGCCCAGAAGAUCCACAGAUCGUUGUUGGUCAAGUCUGUCAACUUUAAGAACCAGUUUGAGUUGGGUUUGGACAGACCGCAGACGGUUGCGGCGGAAGCGAAAGAGGAGGAAGCUAAGUAAGAAAGAUCGAGGCAGCUGUAUAUAGUAGAACAAUGUAUUUAUAUUCCAAGACAAC